AUGCACGGUAUCAAACGAUCCGCUUUUUCCCACUCCACCUCCGAUUCCUCCGACUCCUCCUCCUCCUCUUCAGCUGCUGCUCGAGCCAAGAAGACGCGCGAAGCUGAGAAAUUACGAGCUUACGCUGCGCUUGAAGAGUCGAUCUUUUCUGCUCGGCGGGAGGAAGAUGAGGAGAUGGAAAUGUUGAAGAGGACGGGAGAGUUGUUGGGUUUGAAUCCGGAGGUCUACACGGUUUGGAGCUUUAGGAGAGAGAUCAUGCAGAGGAUGAUCGGGGCGGCCAAGAGAGCAAGAGAUGCGCGCGCAAGGCGACUGAUAGGAGCAGAUGUCGAAUUGACGCAGCAUGCGCUCAAAGCUCAUCCCAAAGUGUAUUGGAUAUGGAAUCAUCGAGCUUGGUGUCUUGAACAUCUGCCUGUGGAUGAGGAUGAGGUGGUGGAAGAAGAGGGGCGUGUGGAUAGGCAACGCUUGCAGAGUCCUCGCAAGUGGAAGAGGGAAUUGAAAUUGGUGGAUGGCAUGCUGCAGAUGGAUGGGAGGAAUUUUCACGGGUGGAAUUAUCCCUACGCCGCGCUCCACCUAGACUUGGCCGCUCAAGAAUUGGCCUACACGCUCCGACAUGUGGAGAAGGAUUUCAGCAAUUUCUCAGCUUGGCAUCAUAGGGGCAUCAUACUUUGCGGGUAUUGGAAAGCGAAAGGAUGGGAUGUGGAUAGGAUUCGAUCGGCUAGGGAUGAGGAAUUCGAAUUGAUCAAACAAGCAAUGUAUACGGAUCCUUCCGACGAAUCCAUCUGGAAUUAUCAUUCAUGGCUCAUCGAUCAAGAUGCAUCCGUUCGCGUGCUCGAGAGGGAAUGCGAGCAGAUCGAAGAGCUACUAGAGCUGGAGCCUGAUGCUCGGUACUGCAUGAGAGCCUUGUCGCAGUACAAUAUCCUGCUCGCCGCCGCCUCCUCCUCCUCCUCCUCCAACUCCGACUCUGAAAAGCGCAAGGAAAGAGCCAAGCAGCUCUUGCGCAGACUUCAAAUCGUCGACGCGCUGCGAAAGGAAGAGUACAAGGAGAUGGAGCAGGAGAUCUGAUUCGCCGCUUCAAGAAAAGUAUCACGAUCCGGCAGGCUACGUUCGUCGACCUUUGCACCUAUGCCGCACGUUUCCCUGUUGCCCUACAUCGUCUCGGCAGGCAACUUGGACUGCCCCACCGCAAUGCACAGCACCGCCACCUACAGGCAUGAGAGCUACAUCGACGCUCGCAGAAUCGAUUCGAAUGUAAUGUAUCAUGCAGACGAUGAAGCUGUGACCGACAUGGGGUCACCAGGUCCACGAUGAGGCGCAAGUCUAUUGCGCAGGAGCAUUUCGCAAGUCUGUGGAAGCAGCGUCCGUCC